CAUGACUCAGUAUCUUUCUUACCUUCACGCGCCUUGGAAGUUACGAUUCAAGUGUGAAUAGUAGGCGUCAAAGCCAGACACGAAACGAGAUGGGUGUGUUGGAGUGGCUUGCUGUGUUCGUUCCCAUAGUUACGUAUCUGCUCUACCGCUGGAGCACUGCCACCUACGAUUAUUUUAGAGAGAAGAAGAUUCCAUUCGUUAAACCGUAUCCACUGUUUGGCGCACUAUGGCCGAUUUUCUCCGGGAAGCUUCAUCCGGUGGAUGCGACCAUAUUGGGGUACGAUAUGUUCCCGGGACGUCGCUUUUCCGGUUUCUUCACCUUCCGUACCCCGAGCUACCUGAUACAUGAUCCCGCGUUGGCGAAACAGGUGUUGAUCAAGGAUUUUGAUCAUUUCACCGAUCACACCAGUACCAUAUUGCCGGAUGUGGACCCUGUGCUAGGACGAAACUUAUUCUUCAUGGACGGACAAAGAUGGCGUCACGGGAGAUCGGGAUUGAGUCCUGCGUUCACGGGAAGCAAAAUGAGAAACAUGUUCGUACUACUGUCUAACUAUGUGGAUGGGGCCAUGAAGAGAUUGGCUCAAGAUGCCGGGCCAAGAAAGAUGGAGCUCGAACUUCGUGAUCUGUUUCAAAAGGUUGGUAAUGAUAUCAUAACUUCGAUUUCAUUUGGCGUCGAUGUUGAUUCCAUUCACAAUCCCAACAACGAAUUUUACAAGAGAGGUCAAAAAGUUACUGCAACGGGAGGCAUUCAGGGUUUUAAGGUGUUUCUGACCACAGUGAUUCCUGGAAGUGUAUUCAAAUUCUUCGGCGUCAAAGUACUUCCAAAAGAAGCAGCCGAUUUUUACGUAGAUGUUAUUUCAAAAACCGUUAAACAACGUGAAGAGUACAAAAUCGUUCGACCAGAUUUCAUCCAUUUGUUUAUGCAAGCUCGUAAGAACGAACUCAAAGAAGACAAAGCAGAUGAAGAAUUGAAAGAUGCCGGGUACUCUACGGUUGAAGAACAUCUACAGUCGACGACUAGGGGCAAUCAGCACACUGAUUUGGACAUUGCAGCAGUUGCCGUAUCCUUCUUUUUUGGGGGCAUCGAGACAACGUCGUCGGUUCUCAGCUUCGUUCUCUACGAGUUAUGCUUGAAUCCCACAAUUCAACAUAAACUUCAGGACGAAAUAGACCUCGUCAGAGAUCAGCUAGAAGGAAACCCCUUAUCAUAUGAAGUCCUUCAGAAAAUGAAGUACAUGGAUAUGGUCGUCUCGGAAACCCUGCGUCGUUGGGCACCACUGGGAAUCGUCAGCAGAAAGUGUGUCAAACCCUACACGUUCGAGGACCAUGACGGAACUAAGGUAACCGUCGAAAAAGGACAUAUCAUUCAAAUUCCACUGCAGUCGUUCCACCGUGAUCCGAACUUUUUCCCCGACCCGUACCGAUUCGAUCCGGAGCGGUUCUCCGAUGAGAACAAACACAAGAUCAAGCAGGACACGUACAUUCCGUUCGGAAGUGGACCUCGCAAUUGCAUUGGAUCACGGCUGGCUCUCAUGCAAACCAAGUGCGUACUGUUCUAUUUGUUUGCAAACUUUUCGGUAGAAUUCAGCGAGAAGAUGGAUGUGCCGAUCAAGCUGAACAAGAUGGCACUGUCCUACACUGCCCAGAAUGGGUUUUGGUUCCACUUUGCUGCGAGAGGUGUGAAGACUUGAAACGAAGAUGUUGUUUGAAUUACUGUAAUCAAUACUUAUAUAUUAAAAACUAAAAUGUAUGAUCAAAAUUUGGUAAAAAAAU